AUGGGGACCGUGAUCUGGCCAUCCAUCCCACUGCUGGUGGGCAACCAUCACCAAGGCCACUGGGAGGCAGGAGAGCAGAGCAAUGAGAACAGACCCUGGACUACCUACUCACAGAAAGCGACUGGCCCCACAGCCGCGGUCCCCGCGCCCGCAGCCUCCGGCUUCCCGGGGCCUCUCGGAGGGGCUGCACCGCAGCAGCAGCGCGACCCCGCCCCGCCCGCCCCGCGGCCGGACGCCGCUCAGGCCGAGGGUCUGGUGGCCCCAGGCUCCACGUUGGGCCAGGUUCCCCCGUGCUGGCUCCUCUGGGACCGCGUUUGCAGGUUUCUGUCGCCCCCUCUGAGGCUGCAACGGCGCCCACGCACCAUCAGGGGCUCCUCUUCCCUCUCUCUGCCCCCAGUGCAUGCCUUCUGGAAGGGCCCGGCCUCGGUGCCAAGGGGGGCCCGGCAGUCCCCCAUCAACAUCCGCUGGAAGGACAGCGUCUACGACCCCCGGCUGAAGCCCCUCAGGGUCUCCUACGACUCGGCGGCCUGCCUCUACGUCUGGAACACCGGCUACCUCUUCCAGGUGGAAUUCGACGACUCCACCGAGGGGUCAGGAAUCAGUGGUGGCCCCUUGGAAAACCACUACAGACUAAAACAGUUCCACUUCCACUGGGGAGCAGCGAACGAGUGGGGCUCAGAGCACACGGUGGACGAUCACGUGUACCCGGCAGAGCUGCAUCUAGUUCACUGGAACGCUGUGAAAUACCAAAACUACACGGAAGCCGUGAUGGGAGAGGACGGCUUGGCGGUGGUAGGCGUGUUUUUAAAGCUGGGGGCCCGCCACGAGGCGCUGCAGGAGCUGGUGGCGGUCUUGCCGGACAUAAAACACAAGGACGCGCGGGCGGCCCUGGGCCCCUUCCAGCCCUCCUGCCUGCUGCCCGCCUGCCGGGACUACUGGACGUAUCCGGGCUCCCUGACCACGCCUCCGCUCUCUGAGUCGGUCACCUGGAUCAUCCACAAGAAGCCCACUGAGGUGGCUCAGGACCAGCUGGCCGCGUUUCGCUCACUCAUGUUUACUGCACUUGGUGAAGAAGAGAAGACGAUGGUGAACAACUACCGCCCACUUCAGCCCCUGAUGAAGCGGGAGGUCCGUUCAUCCUUCCAGCCACUGAAGACGGUGCAGGAUCCUAAAUUCACUACAUCCAAGCUAACGGGUAGACCUGACUUUAACAGGAGAAAGUAUUGUUUCCCAGGCUUCGUGUACUGAUCAUAUGUAACCUCUGAAAUUAAAAAUGGAGAAAGAGGUCGCAGUUUUAGUCAGUGUACUUUGCAGUUGCAAGGAAAAGAAUCACUUCAAAGAAGCUUAAGCAGGAAUCUCUCUGUGGUCCAGUGGGUAAGACUCCACGCUCCCAAUACAGGUGGCCUGGGUUCGAUCCCUGGUCGGGGAACUAGAUCCCACAUGCAUGCUGCACUAAGAGUCUGUCUGCCUGCCGCAACUAAAGAUUCCACGUG